UUCCCGUAACCUGGGAGAGCGGGCACCCACCGUCGGCGCGGACACGCACGCACACGCACGCUCCCCGCGAGUUCGAGCCCCGCGGCCCCGGCCCGCCCGAGGGCGCCCCCCUGCGCCGUUCUAGGCAGAACCGCGCCUCCCGGCUCGCCUCCCGCCCCCUGAUUCCCGCCGCUGCUGCCCAGAGAGACAGGAACCUGGAACCUCUGCUCCAGGUGCCCCCGCGGGGGCGCGGCGGAGAGCCGUGGGGCUCGGGGAGGAGGAGAGCGCGAUGAAUGAGUGCUCCCUUCGCCUCCGAGUUGUCUGAGUUGGCGGCGCCGCGCCCCGGCUUCCGGCUCUCGGCGCCCCACGCGCUCGCGGCUCCAGCGGCUGCAGCCCACGUCCGCGCCGGGAGCCGAGCUCGCCGCGCCGCGCCGCGCCGCGCCGCGCCGGGGGAGCCCGGGCUCCCGAGCUCCUGUCCCGGCCCCGGUCCAGGGGAAAGCAGGGUGUCCCCGGGCAGAGGCGCACGGCCGCGCGGUCUCCCGCACUCUCCGCGGCCCAUCGGUCUCUCCAUGGCCUCUCAUCAGCAAUCCCGGAUCCAGGCUUACCUGGAGAAGAACAAGAUCGGUCCCCUGUUUGAGGAAUUAAUGACCAAGUUAAUUACUGAGACACCUGACCAGCCAAUCCCAUUUCUCAUUGACCAUCUUCAGUCUAAACAAGAAAACCGUGGACACCUUCAGAGAACUUUAUCUGGAUCUGCAGCUCUCUGGGCAGAAAGUGAAACAUUAGAACAUAAAGGAACAAGAAAAGAAUUCAGAAACUAUGAUAAACCCUGGCAGUUAAAUGCAAAGAAGCCUAAAAAGUCAAAAAGCGACCUUGCUGUGUCUAGUCUUUCUCCACCAUCACCAGAAUCAAAAUCAUUGCCAAGGUCAGUAGAUCAUCCUAAGUGGAACUGGAGGACUAAACCAGAAAGCCGUGAUUUUGAUGAAUUGAACCACAUCCUUCAAGAGAGCAAGAAACUGGGAAAAGCCCUUGAGAAUCUCUCUCGAAGUAUUGCAAUUUCAGAGGAACUCGAUAAGGAAACAGUGGCGUUUAAUUCUUCUCUUCUGAGACCCCGUGUAAUUGGAGAGUGGAUUGGUCGAGAAGAGAAUGACGCUGAUCCACUGGCUGCUGAAAUGCUACAGCCCCCAAUUCCAAGAAGUAAAAAUGAACAAUGGGAAAAUGAAGAUAAUAGCUCUAGCCCUGCAGGAAGCUUAAAGGUGGAGCCCAAGACUAAAGGAUUAAAACAGCAGCAACAGCAGCAUAAGAAACUUCUGGCAGCAAUGCUCUCUCAAGAUUCUUUUGAGUCUGUCCAUAGCCCCACCCCAUCGGUAACAGAAGAAGAUAUUGAUAAUGAAGAUGAUGCAAUGGAAUUGCUGGAGGAUCUUGAUGAUUUAAGAAUGGAGGGAGUAACUACCCUGGUACCUUCUGGGAACAAAUUUAACCAAGGUCGAGCUACUCACUCUGCUGAACCUCAGGCCAAAGUCACACUGAACAUCUGUUCAAGGUGUGCCAGGCUUCAAGGAGACAACCUGGUGGAAAGGACAGAAGAGACCUCGCAAACACUUCAUUCUCCAGAUGAAAUAAUCCCAGAUUUUUUGGAUUCUUUAGCUGGAACUGAAGAAGCACUGAUGGAAGAGGGUGAAGAAUUUGAGAAAGCAUCUAGAUUAACAGGACCUGGAGAAGCCUCCAGUGGAGGACAGUCAUUGAAAAACUACAUGGAAGAAGAUGACUCUUUAAAGCAAUUGCAGGUGGUUCAUCAACCGUGGAUCCUGCCAAGUGACACAGAAAGUGAAGGAGUGGAAGCAGAACAAGAGAAACGUUCUGCUGAUCUUCUUCUUUGUGUUCCAUGCUCUUCUUGUCCUGCACUCGUCUACUCUGGAGGACACAGUGAGAAGGCAGCCAUCUGCAGGUCAAGAAGAGAGCCCUCACCAACAACCGAACCCUGCCAGAACCUUCAUCUUAGACUUUCUAUUUUACUGUCCAGAACUACAAGAAAAAAAUGUCUGCUGUUUAAGUUAUCCAGUCUGUGGUGUUGUGUUACGGCAGCCUGA